AUGGAGGGCUCCAGGCGGCCCUCAACAACAGUAAACGACACGCAUAUUGCCAUGACUCAGCAUGAUGCAGGAUGCUCCCAGUUCCUCACACCAACAGUUCCCCUUCACAAACACAAUGCUUCCAGCCAUAUGCACUCGUUUCAGGUCUCCUUCACGUUCGGCGCAGGUUCAGUCCUCUACCCGAUAAUAGGCGAGAUAUACCACGUCUCUGUGAAGGGCGCCGCCACGUCCAUCAACACGACGGUGAUAGCACUGUACGGCUUCUUCCUGAAGAAGAUGUUCCAGGUGGUGUCGGACAGCGUGGGCGCCUACUGGUCCUUCUGGGCCUUCUCCGUGCUGUGUGUGUGCGGCGCUGUGUACACCUACUUCCUGCUGCCCGAGACCAAGGGCAAGACGUUCGCGCAGAUAAAUCAGGAGAUGGACGCUCGAUUCGGCGGAAGUAGUCGACAACUUACUGCCGAUCUCCGGAAUGAGGAACCAAAGUGA